GUGCACCUGACCACCCUUUUGGCCUUGGGUUGCUGUCCGUCUGGCCACAAAGGAAUUGUCCACGGUGGCCUUAUUGCCACACCCCUAGACGAAAGUCUAGUUAUCUCCAUCCAGCUUAAUACAGCAAAGAGAAAAUCAGGCUUCCACUCUACAGGCAUAUACGUUGCAGGAUCCCUCAAUAUGAGAUUCUUAACACCGCUUACGACGAAUGAGGAUGUUGUAUGGUUGAUGGCAUAG